AUCUUCCUGAGAUGAUUCUAGCAUCUGCAGGAUAUGUGUGACGACGAGGUUGCAGCUCUUGUGGUUGAUAAUGGAUCCGGAAUGUGCAAGGCCGGAUUCGCCGGGGACGAUGCUCCACGAGCCGUCUUUCCCUCGAUCGUUGGACGUCCCAGACAUCAAGGUGUCAUGGUUGGUAUGGGUCAGAAGGACUCCUACGUAGGAGACGAGGCCCAAUCAAAAAGGGGUAUUCUGACUUUGAAGUAUCCGAUUGAGCACGGUAUCGUGACCAACUGGGAUGAUAUGGAGAAGAUCUGGCAUCACACCUUCUACAAUGAGCUUCGUGUAGCCCCAGAAGAGCACCCCGUCUUGCUCACUGAGGCUCCACUCAAUCCCAAAGCCAACAGAGAAAAGAUGACCCAAAUCAUGUUCGAGACUUUCAACACCCCAGCCAUGUACGUCGCCAUCCAAGCCGUUCUGUCCCUCUACGCAUCUGGCCGUACCACCGGAGUCGUGCUCGACUCCGGAGAUGGUGUCACUCACACCGUCCCCAUCUAUGAAGGUUAUGCCCUUCCCCACGCCAUCCUCCGUCUCGAUCUGGCUGGCCGUGACCUUACUGACUACUUGAUGAAAAUUCUCACCGAACGUGGUUACUCGUUUACUACCACAGCUGAGAGAGAAAUAGUCCGUGACAUCAAGGAAAAACUAUGCUACGUUGCUCUCGAUUUUGAGCAAGAAAUGGCUACCGCUGCCUCCUCAUCUUCUCUGGAAAAAUCUUAUGAGCUUCCUGAUGGGCAAGUCAUUACUGUCGGAAAUGAGCGAUUCCGUUGCCCUGAGGCACUCUUCCAGCCUUCGUUCCUGGGUAUGGAAUCUGCUGGAAUACAUGAAACAUCGUAUAACUCCAUCAUGAAGUGUGACAUUGACAUUAGGAAAGAUCUUUAUGCGAACACUGUACUUUCCGGAGGAACUACGAUGUAUCCGGGUAUUGCUGAUCGCAUGCAGAAGGAAAUUACAGCACUAGCGCCUAGCACAAUGAAGAUCAAAAUCAUUGCACCCCCAGAGCGCAAAUACUCUGUCUGGAUUGGAGGAUCUAUCCUGGCUUCCCUGUCCACCUUCCAACAGAUGUGGAUCUCCAAGCAGGAAUACGAUGAAUCCGGCCCAUCCAUUGUCCAUCGCAAGUGCUUCUAAAUCUAUGGUGUCAACGGAUCAACAGUUUAAGCUGCCUUUUUUGUUUUUGUGCAUAUUGUUUUCGUCAUCGUUGUCUUAAUAAUAAACUUCUGACUUGUUAGAAAUCAA